AUGGUUCUGAAAAAUGCUCCAAUGUGGAAGAAAAAAAUCUACGAGGAAGUUAAUGAGUCAGAUGAAAUUGUGGAUAAAGAACCAAUGCAGAAUGUAAAUAAUAUUAGAGACGAAGACGGUGACGUUCAUGAAGAUUUCGAAGAUCUAGUAGAAUCGCUAAGGGUCAUCCUGCUUGUUUCCGAAAUAAAUAAAUGCACAAAAACUAUAUCGACAAAUAUGUUAACAAAAGUUCGUGUGCCAUCAGGCUACAAUUUUGGAUUUUUGUAUACCCCUCUGAAUAAUUGUAUUGAUGUUGUAAUCGUUGUUCACCAGUUUAUGAUGAUGUUCUAA